AUGGCUCUUGGCUCUUUGUACCUCGGGCCUAAGGACUCCGUGGCAAAGGGAGAGGCAUUGUGGCGGCUUGCCCACACCGCUGUGGCUACCUCGUGGCAAUCUUUAAUCACGCAUCGGGGCCCUUAUGACGCCUGCAAAGGCGUUCAGCUUCUGGUCACUGCCCUUCUGGGUCAGAUAUACGGUGCAUUGUCUAAGAACAGAAUCGUCCGCACAACAAGUCAGGUUUUCCGUCCCCUUGGAUUCUUCUGGGCAAGGCAUUGUGGCAUGUUAGACUGCGCGCCUUUCUCAUUAGAGGAUCUUCCUUUCCCAACGGCUUCGAGUACCGAGAAAGACCACAAAUGGCGACUAUGGGCCGCAAGAGAGAUUCAACAACGCGCAUUGCUUGCAUACCACGUACUGGAUGGUCUCGUUGCACAGAUGUCUGGGGACGGUGCAUCCACACGACAUGUCGCCAACCCUCUCAUAUUGCCCAGCAAUGAGGCUGCGUUUGAUGCUGGGAGCCCCGAUGAGUGGCUGGUACACAUGCGUUCUCAACCGACAGAUCAGCCUUCAUUUAGGUUGAUAUUCCGCUCUCUCUUCCCUCCUGUCGGCAGUAUCCGGCCCCUUGACUAUCAGUUAUCAGCUUUUGCAUUGCGGGUUGUCCUUGAAGGGUUGCAGUCACUGGUUUCAGACUCCGAUGACAGUGAAUUGGUCGCCGUUGGUGUCCCCAGCCGCUCUGACGUCAAAAGGGCAUUGACCCAGGUCCAUGAGACUAUUUCUAUGAGCAUCCAUCUCGCAGCUCCGGAAAGGCUUGAGGUUCUCUUACGCUGGCACACAAUCUGCUUGGACACGAUGAUCAACUCGACUGUACUUUGUAGACAUGUUUGCUCCCGCUUCGACGUCGCCCAGCAUGUGUCUGGUGGUUCUCGUAUCAUGAAGGCUGGAUUUGAUAUGGCCAGGUGGGUCAACACGGAAGACGCGCGGCGGGCCUUGCUGCACGCUAUUGCGAUCCAAGACAUUAUCGAGCAAUUGCCUAGAGGCCGGGCUCACGUUAUCCAUAUGCCGAGCUCACUUUUUGCGGCGGCAACUAUUUACGUUGUUUUCUCCCUGGCCGGCGUAACAAAUGUAAAGCUGCCGCGCACAAUCGUUUGGCAAGAUGCAGUGCUUUCUCAAUCUGACCUGAACCCCGGAUGUGAAAGUACAGGAUCGUCGGCGCUAUCCGAGACGCGGCGAUUUAUCGAAGAGGGGAGGACGGAAUCUCUACCGAGUAUGGGUGCAAGCCGGAAUCUGCUCUAUGAGAUGAAUUCCAUGCAGAAGCUGUUCCGCUGCCUCAUAUCACAAUGGGGGAUUGCCCAUGAUAUGGAGGAGAUCGUUGACAAGUGGAUCACUCUGUGCCAUUAG